CCUUUUUUAGUUCUGUUUGAAAUUUCCAUCUGGGCUUUCUUCAAAUUACAGAUAGCAAAUUCGAGCCGUAUUCGACUGACAUCUUCAUUCUCUCCACUCCGGACCUAACUGAUUUCUUUGAUUCAAUUUCCAGUUGUUAUAUAUUGUUUUGAUUUGAUUGAUUUUUCCUGUACAGUCAAAUCUUUGCGAUGACUUUAAUUUCCUCCGAAAUGGUUCGAACUUCUCAGUCUUCUCCUUGAGGUUCAAUCUUCUUUCUUUUUUUCUUUUUCCUCUUUAAUUCAACCUGAACAGUUUUUUCUUGGUUAAUUCUGUCAGACAUGAGUUUCCUCAAAGGCAUCAUUGACUCUCUAGGCUCAAUUUUCUCAAACGAUAACUCGUCCUACGAAUCUGAACCAAACACUAGCUCUGCCACAAUGGACAGUGGAGCAGGAACUUUAGUUACAAACGAAAGAACAGCAUAUAAGCUUAAAGGAUAUUUUGAUUUAGCUAAAGUAGAGAUUGACAAAGCGGUUAGGGCUGAAGAGUGGGGUUUGGUUGACGAUGCAAUUAUUCAUUAUAACAACGCCCAACGAAUUUUAAACGAAGCUAUUUUGACUCCUGUGCCUUCUUAUCUCAGCUCUAGUGAACUAGAGAAGGUGAAAUCUCAUCGGCAGAAAAUAUCGAAGUGGCAGGGUCAAGUGUCUGAGAGAUUACAAACUUUGGGUCGGCGAACAGGUGGCACAUCAAUGAACAAGAGCACCUUACCUCAUGCACAAACUGCUGCAGUUUCAUCUACAUCAAAUUACAGGAAAAAUGUGUCACAAAAUCCUCAGCAUUUGAAUAAAAACAAUCCAGUAGCUAGGAAUCAGACUGACAAAGUAGUAAACUCUAAACAUCUGCAAGAAUCUGGUAGUGGAUACGAAUCAAAAUUGGUUGAAAUGAUAAAUACAGCAAUAGUGGAUAGAAGUCCUUCUGUGAAGUGGGAAGAUGUUGCUGGCCUUGAGAAAGCCAAGCAAACUUUAAUGGAAAUGGUCAUUUUGCCAACCAAAAGAAGAGAUUUGUUCACCGGCCUUCGGAAGCCAGCGAGAGGUUUGCUUCUCUUUGGUCCACCUGGGAAUGGAAAGACCAUGCUUGCCAAAGCAGUGGCAUCAGAGUCACAGGCAACAUUUUUCAAUGUUUCUGCAUCUUCACUAACAUCGAAAUGGGUGGGAGAGGCUGAGAAGCUUGUCCGGACACUCUUCAUGGUUGCCAUAUCCAGACAGCCAUCUGUAAUUUUCAUCGAUGAAAUUGAUAGCAUAAUGUCAACAAGGUUAGCUAAUGAGAAUGAUGCAAGCAGAAGGUUGAAAUCUGAGUUUCUGAUACAGUUUGAUGGAGUCACAUCUAAUUCUGAUGAUUUAGUGAUUGUCAUGGGUGCUACAAAUAAGCCACAAGAAUUGGAUGAUGCGGUUCUUAGGAGAUUGGUGAAGAGAAUAUACAUACCUCUACCAGAUGAAAAUGUGAGGAGACUUCUUCUUAAACACAAACUGAAGGGCCAAGCUUUUUCCUUACCUGGUGGAGAUCUAGAAAGGCUUGUGAAGGAGACAGAAGGAUACUCCGGAAGUGAUUUACAAGCAUUGUGUGAAGAAGCUGCGAUGAUGCCAAUUAGAGAGCUUGGAGUCAACAUUCUGACUGUCAAGGCAAAUCAGCUAAGACCUCUUAGAUAUGAAGACUUUAAGAAGGCAAUGGCUGUAAUUAGACCCAGCUUAAAUAAAAGCAAGUGGGAAGAACUUGAACAGUGGAAUCGGGAGUUUGGCUCUAAUUGAAUUCCAAAUCAUCACAUGUACUGACAUAUAUGAAAGAUCCAAGUAUGUACACUUAGAGGUCAUCUUUCUGAAAUGUAAUUUCUUUUUAUUCUUUCUGAUUUAUUAUGUCGUUGUGUAACUUAACCAAGACAAAAAUGAUGGAUAUUUUGUGAAUGGAAUUUAAUUGUUAUCA